CCGGGAUGGAUGGACGGAUGGAUGGAUUAGAGGGGCUGGGGUAAUAGAUACCGGUAGACCACUAUUUGCACCCUGGUCUGCUCUGAACUGCUGCUACAGAUGCGCAAGAAAACAUUCGUUCUGAUGGCCGGUGACUCGGGGCUCACAAGUAACUAACCGAGACACAAGCCGAGCAGGGCCCAAGGGGAAAUCACCGUCUGUCUUGCCGGCAAUGGUGUGGCUGCCAGAGGAAUGGCGGCAUUGGCGAGGCAGCGCACAGGCUGCUGUGCUGACCGAGUCCUGCCUGCCUGCGUGGGCCUCAGAAGAUUCAAAAUUCGCUGCAGAGAAAUGGAGACGUAAGGGGGCGCAGGCACACUUCGCUCGCUACCUCGCUCGCUGCCAGUCCCUUGAGAACCUAAACACCUGCUUUGAUUUGCUUUGCUUCGAAAUGCGUCGCUUGCUUGCUUUUUGCUUUAGUGAGGGCUGUGCUGUGGCCCACCAGAUGUUCUUUUCUCCGGAGUCUGGACCAAACCUAUCAUUUAUUGGGCCAGAGUGGGAGAGCGUUCCAGACAAGAACAAUCUCUCUCCCAGUCAAUUAAAGAGCCUCGAUUUGUGGCCACGUUUGACAUAUCAAUGCGGGACGCAGGCCCGCGGCUUUUCCAGUCAAAACGGAGUUAGGAACGAGGGCGACUAGCACAGAAUUACGAAAUCGAGAAGGAAACGGAAAGGCAUCGCCAAGGCCUUUUGCUCAUAACGGCAAGACAUAUCUGAUAUUCCCUUUGGUGUUCAUUGGGUGCGUUUUCUCAAGUCAACCAGUCCCUUCUGUGUAACAGCUUCGUCAAGCCCUUUAUGGCUCUAGCGAUGGUGCGAGGGAGCUCGCUCGAAACCUACUUCCUUCCUUCGUCCCGUGUAUUUUCUCUCGAAAGUUGCUCCGCUCGAGCGCGCAUUAGUACUUCCUCGCCUCCCAUGAGAACUCGGUUUCCCCCUUCCGAGACAUCGGAUGAUGGAUGAUGCAUCCAUCAAGAGGGAGCAUGAGUUCCUUGAACGAGAACAAUUCUAAGAACAAGGCGAAUGCUAUCUGCGAAGAGGAACGGUUGAAGGCCUUUUCUAGUUCGUGUUGGAAAGAACGCUCUGCGAUGGUUGGCUCUGGAUCCCAAGUCGUAGUUCCAGUAGCCCCAGAGUGAAGGCGGGGCUUGUCUUUUCACACGAAUCCAGUGGCCAGCCAGCCCAGUUCCUCACACGCGGGCAUUGAUAUGUUAAACAUGGCCACAGUUGAGGGUUCGUGUGUGCUGUCGAGUUCCCAAACGGAUGUGGACAUGAUUGAGCGUUGGUAACAGCAGCAGUCGCAGCUGCUGGGGAGUGGUGUACUUGACUCUAAUCAAGUCAUCAUCACAUUGACCGAUGCGUUCCUCCUGCUGCUCAUAUGCUUAUGAUUUUAUUGUUGCUGUUUAUGACCAUGUUGGAUAGCAGAUCACAGCACAUGGGUCUGUGUGAUUUGGUGGCUGUGUUCACAUGGGUUUGUGCAAGCAAGCUCUAUGUGAUUUCCAUAUCUUUUGAAAAUUUAUUCUCGCUGGUUCCAGACUUCCAGUUCCACCGUACAGGGCUCACUUCUCUCCUUUCAGAGAAAAGCAGAGGGCCAGAGAGCGAGGGAGCAGGGAGCUGGUCAGCAGGUUCAAACUCAAUAACACCACUUCGCAACUCCGAUUUGCAACUUGUAACAAAUCAAGGAACAUUGGCAGGAAUCGUGCCAGUGACUCAGUCAAUCAGUUGGGGAGGUCAUGUUGUGGCCAAGUCAGAUGUUCACAAAUGGCAAACGUUUGUCACUUGAGUGGAAUUGGAAUAAUCUGCAUGUCUUCGUUUAUCGAAACUUAUCUGCUUCCAGGAAUCUAUGGAACCGAUACUGCCUCGUUUUCCUGAAUUGGGGUGCAGUUAUCAUUAAAUGGAAUAGAAUCAUUAAUCUCUUGGUGAAAUUCGGGUUAUUUUUUGUGUGCUUACCAUAACUUUUUCUUCUCGUUUCGGACAAACAUUUCCCGAGAUUUAACAAUCUCAAGGC